ACAAAUCGAACGGCGCACGCGCAUUGGCAAGAGCGUUCGAUUUCUUCCCAUUGAGACGUCUACAGUGCGCAUGCGCCUCCUGGCGAGUUUACGUGAGGCUGCAUCUCGCAUGCGCGCCUGAAGCCAGACUCGCGUACGGCUCAUGCUCCUCCGUCUCGUCCGAGUGCUAUUACGCGCACGCCUUUUGGCGCCCGCGCACGUUCUUAAUGUUAACGGACCACUGAGUGGGGGGAGCUUUCUCUCUCUCUGAGAAAAAUAAGCCGGAAACUUUCCCCGCGGGGCCUGACGGGAGAAUGUUGCUUCACAGAGCCGGAAAGGGCUGAGGUACGGGGUUUUUUUUUUACUCCUCUCAGAGAGCGGGGGGAACUCCCUCAUAAUCACCGGGGACUCUCACGCGGCCUACACCUCCGCAGGGGACUAUGGUGGGACGGUGCUGAGGUUGCCAUGGAGACCCACAUCUCGUGCCUGUUCCCGGAGCUCCUGGCCAUGAUUUUCAGUUACCUGGACGUGCGGGACAAGGGUCGGGCGGCUCAGGUGUGCGCUGCGUGGCGGGACGCGGCCUAUCACAAGUCAGUGUGGCGGGGGACCGAGGCCAAGCUGCAUCUCCGCCGCGCCAACCCGUCGCUCUUCCCCAGCCUGCAGGCCCGAGGCAUCCGUAAAGUGCAGAUCCUGAGCCUCCGGCGCAGCCUGAGUUACGUCAUCCAGGGCCUCCCCAACAUCGAGAGCCUGAACCUGAGCGGCUGCUACAACCUCACCGACAACGGCCUGGGCCACGCCUUCGUGCAGGAGAUCGGCUCUCUGCGGGCGCUGAACCUGAGUCUGUGCAAACAAGUGACGGACAGCAGCCUGGGCCGCAUCGCUCAGUAUCUGAAGGGGCUGCAAGUGCUCGAGCUGGGGGGCUGCAGCAACAUCACCAACACCGGCCUCCUGCUCAUCGCCUGGGGGCUGCACGGACUCAAGAGCCUCAAUCUCCGCAGUUGUCGCCACGUGUCGGACGUCGGGAUCGGUCACCUGGCCGGGAUGACCCGCAGCGCCGCGGAAGGUUGUCUGAGCCUGGAGCAACUCACCCUGCAGGACUGCCAGAAACUCACCGACCUGGCCCUCAAGCACAUCUCCAGGGGGCUGCAGGGACUGCGAGUGCUCAACCUCAGCUUCUGCGGGGGCAUCUCAGACGCGGGACUGCUGCAUCUGUCGCACAUGGGAGGACUGAGAAGCCUCAACCUGCGCAGCUGCGACAACAUCAGCGACACGGGCAUCAUGCAUCUAGCCAUGGGCUCCCUGCGACUCUCUGGACUGGACGUCUCUUUCUGCGACAAAGUGGGAGACCAGAGUCUGGCCUAUAUCGCCCAGGGCUUGUAUGGGCUCAAAUCGCUGUCUUUAUGCUCGUGUCACAUCAGCGACGACGGUAUCAAUCGCAUGGUGCGACAGAUGCACGGCCUGAGGACCCUCAACAUUGGCCAGUGCGUCCGCAUCACCGACAAAGGACUGGAGCUUAUAGCCGAGCACCUGAGCCAACUGACUGGCAUUGACUUGUAUGGCUGCACCCGCAUCACCAAGAAGGGGCUGGAGAGGAUCACGCAGCUCCCCUGUCUUAAAGUGCUCAAUUUGGGCCUCUGGCAGAUGACUGAGAAUGAGAAAGUCAGGUGAGGGCCCCGCUAAUGUGGUCCUUCUCUGGGACUUUUGUGACUGAUACAUCAUACUGCCUGAUGGAGUGCUGCCCAGCCAUAAGGGGAUCAUUGAAAACAAAAUUUCCGUUGCGGCUUUCGUUGCUGGGGACUUGUUGGUUAUCCUGGACUUUUUGUAAAAUACCUUCCCUGAAACCCCAUUAGCUGGGGGAAAGCACCUGCUUAAUUAGGCGAAUGGUGGGCUAAUGCCACAUGUCUGGUUUUAGGGAACGUUUUUUUUUUUUUUUUAGAAAGUAUUCAAACGUACACCCGGGUCCUUCGGGUUAAAUUCCGCCUGGUGCACAGACCUUAAGGGUGAGGGCACACAAGUAGAUUCGGGGAGAUUAGUCGCCCGGCAACAAAUCUCCUUCUUUUUGACGACUAAUCUUCCCGAACUGCCUUCCCGUCGGCCAAAAUAAAAUAGCAGCAGCAUGACACUAGUGAGGCAAUUUCGGGCGACUUCAGAAAGCGAGUCGAUCAGAGUGCCAUCCCACGGGCGAUUUUCAUUUUAGCCGCAGCGAAGGCAGUUCGGUGAGAUUAGUCGCCCUGAAGAAGAGGAGAUUUGUCGCUGGGCAACCAAUCUCCUAGAACUGCCUCCCAUGCAGCUAAAAUGAAGAUUGCCAGCGGGAUGGCACUCUGAGCAAUUCAUUUUCUGAAAUUGCCUCACGAGGAAACUUCCGACGACUUCAGAAAACAAAUCACUCCAAUUGCCAUCCUGUGAUUUUUAUUUUAGCCGCAAGGGAGGCAGUUUGGGGAGAUUAGUCGCCCUAAAAGAAGAUUUGUCGCCGGGCGACUAAUCCCCCCGAAUCUGCCUGUGUUCCCUCACCCUAAGUAAGUCCGCACUUCCAAAAACCAAGUAGAAAGAAAUUAGGACCGGCACACCGAGCGAUUCAAACUGGGGACAAAGCCCCUUGUGCGUUUAUUGCGUCACAGCAUUUCAGGGGCGUAUCAACGGGCUACAGGGGAACUCCCCCCGAAAUGUUGUGAUGCAAUAAAUGCACAAGGGGCUUGACCCCUGUCUGAAUCGCUCUUUGUGCCAGUCCUAAUUUCUUGCUCCUUUAGGGAAAGUUUUACCAGGUUAUUGAACGGUGUCACCAGUAUCCCGUGAUAACCAACUGGUUCCCAUGGAACGUGCAGCCUGUACUGACCUUACAAAUUGUCCUGUAUGAGGAUGUUUAUCCCUGUGGUUUUAUAUUCAAGACGGCAAGUUCCACUUGCAUUUCAUGGGUUAAAACAUCGAAAUUAGUAGGAAAAAAUGCCCUUGGUCAGUGCUUGUCUGCCCCUACCAUUCCCCCCCCCCCCCCAAAAAAAAUCCUGGUCUCUAGCACCGCACAGGUUAAUGGGAGCCCCAUUUUUUAACAUUUCCUUUUUAUUUGAAUUUUAUUUUUUUUUAUAAUUAGUGCAACUUCCCUGCAAAUCUGAAAUGCUUUGUGCCGACAUUCCCCUGUAACUCAUCACACACACUCUUCCCCCAGAGUUGCAGGACUGUACCCCAUUUCUAGCCCCCCAUAAUUUCUUAGCAUUUCUUUUUUGUUUCCCCUUUGAAAUAUAUCCCAUGUAUCUGGCUACCUCGUUUUUUCCUUUCUACGCCCUGAAACGCUAGGAAUGUUUCGAAUAAUCGUUAUUUUUGUGCCUAGACUGGAAAUUCCAACCCUACGGGUUCUUAAUAUGAUAACUUAUAUUUAAGGAUUUUACGGACACGCGCACCCGCUGGCCUACAACUCCCAGCAUUCUUCUUAAAGCUGUAUGCCAGCAGUAGCUAUGGAAACGGUCGCUGUAUGGUUAUCUCUGCUUGAGCCUUGCCAUAAUAAUAAUAAGAGGGGUAAAAGCAGAUAUUUUCCUCUUUAUUUUUAAGAUCCAUUGAUAUCCGUCACAAUAACAUGAAACCUUUUUUUUUUUUGGUGUUAAAUAUGUAAGGGAAAAAAAGUCUUGCAGAGCAAUGGAAGACUUGGUGUUGUCAUGAUUAAAGUGACAUGUUCAGUGAACACUUCCCCUUUAUAGUCCCCCUAUUCAUUGCUUUUGAACAUUCCAUUAUUUCCCAUAUCAGCAA